AUGGCAAGCAGCAGCAACAGCAGCAACAGCAGCAACGUCGACGUCCUCAUUGUGGGAGCGGGCCCCGCCGGCCUGUUCCUCGCAACACAGCUCAGCAAGCUCAAGAUCUCCACACGCAUUAUCGACAAGAUGGCCCACCCAGUUCUCCGCGGUCACGCCGACGGUCUGCAGUGCCGUACCGGCGAGGUUUUCGAGGCGAUGGGCGUUCAGUACAGGUUUGACCUUGAGAGCCACGAGUGUGCUGAGGUGAUCAUCUGGGAACACGACGACAAGGUUGGCGGCAUCAGGGAGGCCAGCCGAGUAGUGGACACUCUUCCCGGCCUUUCGCGCAUCCGACACGUCAACCUUGGCCAGGACCGUGUUGAGGGCAUCUUCAUCGAUGCCAUGAAGGAGAACAACGGUCUCGAGGUUGACCGUCUUCUUGAGCCCACCUCGCUCGUUGUCGACGAGAAGAACCUCGGCAACCCCGACGCCUUCCCCGUGACCGUUACCCUCAAGAGGCUCCCAGCUCCCAAGGAGUUGGCCAACGGCGACGUCCAGAGUGGCAUGUACCGUUCCAACCUGUUCACCGACGAGAGCCAGACCAAGGGCAACGACGUUGAGGGAGACCACUCGGGUGAGGAGGUCGUUCACUGCAAGUACCUCGUUGGUUGUGACGGCGCUCGCUCGUGGGUCCGCAAGACCCUCGGCUACCGCCUCGAGGGUGACUCGAACAACGUUUACUGGGGUGCCUUUGACGCUGUCAUUGACUCGGAUCUGCCCACCGGCCGCAUGAAGCACAUGGCCCAUUCAAAGGACGACGGCACUGUCCUUAUGGUGCCCCGCGAGGACUCGAUGAUCCGUAUCUACACCCAGAUGGGUACUCUCGCCGACGGUGAGCGUGUCGACCGUGAGGCUGUCACCCUCGAGAAGCUCUGCGCCAAGACCCAGGCGGUCCUCAAGCCUUACAAGAUUGAGUUCCCUUACGUCGACUGGUACACCUGCUACGAGAUUGGCCAGCGUGUUUGCGACACCUUCACCGCGUACGACGACCACGUCUUCAUCGCCGGUGACGCCUGCCACACCCACUCGCCCAAGGCUGGCCAGGGUAUGAACGUCUCCAUGAUGGACACGUUCAACCUCGGAUGGAAGAUUGCCUCGGUCCUCCGCGGCCAGUCCAAGCCCGACAUUCUCCACACCUACCAGCUCGAGCGCCAAUACACCGCCAAGGAGCUCAUUGACUUUGACUACAAGUGGUCGCGUCUGUUCACUGGCCAGAUCAAGCCUGGCAAGGACGCCGAUGAGGGCGAGAUGCGUGCCGCUUGGGAGCAGUCGAUCAAGUUCACUUCCGGUACCGGUGUCGUCUACGCCCCCGACGGACUGCUUGUUCUCGACCAGCCAAACGCCUCCAAACUGGCCAAGAACAUCACCGUCGGUGGCCACUUUGAGAACCACCAGGUGGUCGGUGCCUUCAACGCCCACUCCAUCAAGCUUCAGGCCGAGCUCAAGGCCGACGGCAGGUGGCGUGUCCUCAUCUUCCCCGGUGAUGUCCGCGAGUCGGACGCGCUCGACGCCCUCACCAACCUCGGCAACCAGCUCCAGACCAUUGUGCAAAAGUACAACUCGAAGGACGCCGACCUCGACGAGGUCAUCCAGGUCCUUACUGUCUUCAAGACUGCUCACCGCGAGAUCCAGUAUCUCGCCCAGUCGCUGCCCGAGGUCCUCAUCCCCCGCCGCAAGCCUUACAACAUCCGCGCCUUUGACACCCUGUACUGUGACGAGCCGUCGCACCACGACGGCGACGGCAAGGCCUACGCGGGCUACGGCAUUGACCCUUCGUUCGGCUGUGUCGUCGUGUGCCGUCCCGACCAGCAUGUCUCGGGCGUCUUUGGCAUGUCCCAGGGCAAGGACAUUGCCGCAUUCUUUGACCGCUUCAUGGUCCAACAGUAG